GCACGAUUCUUGAUGGAGAGUGGAAAAAAGUUUGUUAUAAAUUUUAGUAUUUUAAUAAUUAUAUCAAAAUGCAUAUCAACAAUUGAAACUCCCGAGAAAAAUAAUGACGAAGAAUGGGUAGUGAAAGUAGAAGGUGGAAAUCAAGUAGCUUCACUGUUAGCUCUUCAAAAUGGUUAUAAAAAUCUUGGCUUGGUCCUCGGGUUCGAAGAUAUUUAUUUGUGGUACCGAGAUGAAAACACUGUUCAGAAGAGAGCCAACAGAUUUACUAAGGACUUAAGUUCACACUCGGAGAUUAUUUGGGCGGACCAACAGAAAACUUUUACGCGCAGCAAGAGGGACUUUGUUGACAUUCCAGAGGAGGAAAGACCGCUGGUUCGGAAUAAAAGAAUUUUUCAUGUCAACGAUGUUAUGUAUAGAAAUUAUGCUGAUAGGUUUUAUAAUUCUUAUGGAAAAAAUAAUGAUAGGCUCUUUAAUGAUGAAUUGUGGAAUAAGGAGUGGUAUUUGCAAGACACGCGCAGCAGCAAAGAACUACCCAAGCUAGAUUUGAACGUGGUCCCGCUUUAUCAUCAGGGGAUAACAGGUCGCGGGAUAAGGGUGGCGGUUCUCGACGACGGGUUGGAAUACACCCACGAUGAUCUCAAGAACAACUACGAUCCUCUGAUCAGCUAUGACGUAAAUGCCAGGGAUAACGAUCCGAUCCCCCGCUACGACGCAACAGUAGAUGUGAAUGCCCAUGGAACAAGAUGUGCCGGAGAAAUAGCGAUGGAGGCCAACAAUCUCAAAUGUGGUGUCGGAAUUGCACAUGAAGCUUCAAUCGGUGGAAUUAAAUUACUCGAUGGAAUUGUGAAUGAUAGGAUUGAAGGGGAAGCUUUGGGGUACAACCAAAAUUAUAUUGAUAUAUACACAGCUUCGUGGGGCCCUGCUGAUGAUGGAAGGAGUCUUGAAGCCCCUGGAAGGCUUGCCAAUGAGGCUUUGCAACGCGGAGUCAGUCAGGGUCGUCACGGCAGAGGAAAUAUUUACGUCUGGGCCUCCGGAAACGGGGGAUCCCAGAAAGACGAUUGCAACUGCGACGGUUACGUCGGAAGCAUUUUCACAAUUGCCGUCGGCUCUGCUAGUCAGACUGGAAAAUUUCCCUGGUACGGGGAAAAGUGUCCAGCUACUCUUGCUACUACUUACAGCAGUGGGGCUUACCAUGAUCAAAUGAUUGCUACGACAGAUUUAAAAAACAAAUGUACCACUCGUCACACAGGAACAUCCGCUUCGGCUCCACUCGCUGCUGGAAUACUCGCUUUGGCAUUACAAGUCAACAAAGAGCUCACUUGGAGAGACGCUCAGCAUCUCGUUGUCGAGACUUCAGAAUACAGUCCACUCAAGCAUAAUCCUGGAUGGAAAAAAAAUUCGGCUGGCUAUUGGUUCAAUCCACGAUUCGGUUUUGGAUUAAUGAACGCUUACUCGUUAGUUCAGGCUGCUGCCAACUGGACAAAUGUUCCUGAUAAAAUUGAGUGUGCAUUUAAAAGUCAUCAGAGCUCACAAAAUGUGGCUUACGGUAAACCUGGGAUUCUAUCGUUCAACGUGAACGGCUGCGAGGAUAAAGAUGCAGAAGUAGAUUUUCUAGAACACGUACAAAUUCAAAUAACUCUUACAUACACAAUUCGCGGAGCUCUUGAAAUCUAUUUGACCUCACCUACCGGCACUAGAAUAAAAAUAUUGAAUCGUCGCAAGCUCGACGAUUCUCAAGACGGAUUUAAAAAUUGGAAAUUUAUGUCAGUUGCAACCUGGGGUGAGGACCCAAGAGGCACUUGGACUCUUCAUAUUACUGACAAUGUUGGUCCACAGUCUAAUAAUGGAACAAUCAAUGAUGUGAGAUUGAUUAUUCAUGGUACUAAAGAUCAACCAUAUUCACGUUUAAAUGGAAGAACCAGAAUUUAUAACAAUAAUUAUAAUAUGCUUAGGACAAUAGGCGAUGAAGUAAUGGAAAUGAAUGAUAAAAAUGUUAGAGCUAACAAAUGGAAUCUGGAGUCUCCGGACAAAGAGAUAAAUUUAACUGAGAAAAUUUCAAAGCCCUUGAAACCCAUCCAGGUUGAUUGGCUCCGAAGACUUUUAUUCGGUUAA